AUGAAGUUAAAAAGAAAAUGGUGUCUUCAAAUGCACAGAACUGCGAGAUUCUUUCUGGUGAUCUGUAUCCUGGCCGUAGUAGUAAUUAAUAUUAGCUUAAUAAGGGCGCUUAACUCUGAAGAUCGGUGGUAUAUUUCAUUUUUCAAUUCAACAAAAUGGAGAAGCACUCCCUCUCGAUCUAAACCGGAGCCUCACCUUCGGAAGGAGCCAGUAUAUGUUGAAACAUCGAAAUCACCUACAUGUGAGUUUUAUAAACCUAAUUCUAAAAAUAGAGCUGUAGAUUUACUUGAAUAUCAUUAUAUGACUGUUGAUCUUAAUGGUCGACUUGGAAAUCAAAUGUUUAAAUAUGCAUCAUUACUUGGGAUCGCCGCACAGCAUGGAUAUACACCAUUCUUACGUCAAAAAUCGCUUUUAUUCUCUGCGUUUGAGUUUCAGAAAUAUUUUCGUCAUAUUUCAACCACAAAUCGUGUUUCAUUCGGAGAAAGACACGCAGGAAUAUACGACUGCCGGAUACAUAACUUAACACACUCUAAAAAUAUAACAUUGAAUGGAUACUAUCAGUCGUGGAAAUAUUUUCACCAUGUUAUUGCGCAGGUCCGGAAGUUGUUCCAGUUUACUGAUGAUAUUGUUAGAAGAGCCAAAAAGAUAAUAAACAGUUUCCGGCCUGGAAAUAAGACUCUGGUUGGCGUGCACGUGCGUCGUGGGGACAUGAGCACCAAACGUGAACUACGUCGUGGAUAUAAUGUAGCGGAUGUAAAAUACUUCCGGAAGGUGUUUGAAUACUUCCGGUACGAAUUCGAAGAGGUCCUGUUUAUCGUUGUAAGUGAUUCAGUAAGCUGGGUGAAGACAAAUCUGGAAGCCGAUGACGUAGUCUUUAGCGAAACGAGUAUUGCAUAUUUAGACAUGGCCAUACUUGCGCACUGCAAACAUAGUAUCAUCACUUCCGGAACUUUCGGAUGGUGGGGUGCUUAUUUAGCAGGAGGAAAAACUGUGUAUUUUAAAGACUAUCCAAAACCAAAAACAUGGCUUUCGGAUCAGUAUAACAGGAAUGAUUACUAUCCGCCAAACUGGAUUCCUAUGUGA